GGAAAUGAAAUUCCUCCUUUGCAACUGUGCCUCCUAUAAAUAGAAAAGGUGAGCCUAACGCUAACGAUACAUCCAUUCAAAAUGGGUGGAAAAACAUCGCUUGUAUGUUUAAUGUAUUUGACAAUUUUUUGUUCGGUAUAUUCGGAAAAUGGCCGGCCGAUAAUGGAUGUUGCUUUGCUUAUGGAUUCAUCCGAUAGCUAUCGCUCUCAGAACUUUGACAAUGAGACGAAAUUUGCCUUAGAAUUCGUAGAGCAGAUUUUUACCAAAUACACACUGAUAAGCCUCUUUACAUUCGGCUCCACUGCCAACAGCAAGUUCAAUUUAGACGCCUUUAACGACAUCCAGCUGAUGAAUCAAACAAUAACAUACAUGUGGUACAGCAUAGGGAAUAUUGAUGUUUCUACUGCUAUCGAAUUUUCAAUCAAGAAUGGCUUUUCAGAUUCAGCUGGUGACAGGAAAUGCAUACCGAAAGCACUAAUAAUUCUGACUCACUCGCCAAUCAGCGAACUAGAAGCCUUAAGAAUUAGCACUUUGCUAAAAACAAAACGAAUAAGAUGUUUUAUUCUUAACAUGGCUGGAGACUCUGCGAUAGGAAAUUUCAUCAAAAUAACUAAUGCUUCUUCAAGGAUAUUACCAAUUGCUGAUUUCAAUGCACUGGAGUCAUCUGCGAAUACAAUGGCGAAUCUUAGUAAAACAGAUAAAGGGGAUACAUUUGAAUAA